CGUACCACGUUUUCACCCGGUAAACAGGCACCAUGUUGACAAACAAAGUGUUCAUGAAGAAAACCAAACGCGGCAAUAUACUAAAAAUUGUACGCGAACACUAUCUGCGGGAUGAUAUCUGGUGCGGUUCGGCAGCCUGCCAAAAGUGUCCGCUGGAUGAAAAUGCAAUACUGCUCGAUGAAGCGCCACAAUCCGUUAGCGACCGGUUUGCCUUUCCGCACUAUCUGCUGCUCGAUACGAACAUCGUCCUGUACCAGAUGGAUUUGCUAGAGGAAAGUGCAAUCCAGAAUGUGAUCAUUCUGCACACGGUACUGGACGAGGUGAAGCAUCGUAGUGCGGUGAUUUACAAAAGAUUGCGUGCAAUUCUGUCGAAUCCCGAGCGGAAGUUCUAUACCUUCGUUAAUGAACACCACAAGGAUACGUACGUGGAGCGUAUGCCGGGUGAAUCGGCCAACGAUCGGAACGAUCGUAUGAUCCGAACAGCAACGCAAUGGUACGAGAAGCAUCUGCAUCAGGAAAGGGCACGCAAGCCACGGGUACGCAUUGUACUGCUGUCGGAUGAUGCCGAUAACCGGACCAAAGCGACGGAUCUUGGCCUGAACACGUGCUCUGCGGCGGAGUACAUGAAAGCGGCCAAGGAGAAGUUUGUCCACCUGCUGGACAAGAUUUCGCAGCGUGAUACGGUGUGCGAAUCGAAAGAACCACUCUUCCCGUCGCAUCUGACGCUAAUGCAGAUACACGAAGGAAUCAAAAGCGGCAAGCUGAUGCAGGGUGGCUUUCUAGCGUCGCGAGACAAUUACCUCGAAGGGUAUGUGCGGGUUGAAAGCAUCGAAAAGGCCGUCCUGAUUCAGGGACGCAUGAAUCUGAAUCGUGCCGUCGAUGGGGAUGUAGUGGCGAUCGAAAUGUUGCCAGAAAGCGAAUGGAAAGCGCCGAGCGAUGUGGUGCUGGUGGACGAGCAGAACGAUCCGGGCGAUAUGGUCGAACCGGAUCCAACGUUCAGCGUCAAGCCCCAGGCAGAGCGUGAACCGACAGCAAAGGUGGUGGGCAUUAUUAAGCGGAAAUGGCGUCAGUACUGUGGCAUUCUGAUACCAAGCCACAUUCAAGGCUCGACACGUCACAUUUUCGUACCGGCAGAACGUAAAAUUCCACGUAUUCGAAUUGAAACGCGCCAGGCCGCAACGCUCCUCUCGCAGCGUAUAAUCGUGGCGAUUGACCAGUGGCCAAGGCAUUCGCGCUACCCGCAGGGACAUUUCGUGCGUGCGCUUGGGCCGAUCGGUUCGAAGGAAACGGAGAAUGAGGUCAUUCUUCUCGAACAUGAUGUACCGCACAACCGUUUCUCGGAGGAUGUACUUGCCUGUCUGCCACAGCUGCCGUGGAUAAUUACGAAUGAUGAUUUGAAGCGUCGGGUAGAUUUGCGUAACAUUACGAUUUGCUCGGUGGAUCCACCCGGAUGUACGGACAUUGAUGAUGCACUGCAUGCGCGCCGUUUGCCAAACGGAAACAUUGAAGUUGGCGUUCACAUUGCGGAUGUAAGUCACUUCAUUCGGCCUGGGACGGCCCUCGAUCGGGAAGCGGCAAGUCGUGCAACGACCGUUUAUCUGGUAGACAAACGUAUCGAUAUGGUGCCGGAAUUGCUUAGCUCUAAUCUUUGCUCGCUGCGUGGUGGUGAGGAACGGUUCGCCUUUUCCUGUAUCUGGGAGUUGGACGAUGAGGCCAACAUCAAGCACACAAAGUAUCACAAGAGUGUGAUAAAGUCGAAAAACGCACUCACGUACGAGGAGGCACAGAUCAUCAUUGACGAUAAAAAUCAAACCAAUGAUGUGGCCACAUCUCUUCGAAUGCUGAACAGAUUGGCUAAAAUUUUGAAAAAACGACGUACAGAGAAAGGUGCGCUGGUGCUAGCUUCGCCUGAAAUUCGUUUCCACGUAGACAGCGAGACGCACGAUCCGAUCGAUGUGAAAGCGAAGCAACUGCUCGAAACCAACUCGAUGGUGGAAGAGUUCAUGUUGCUUGCGAACGUGUCUGUGGCGGAAAAGAUUGAACAAGAGUUCCCGGAGUGUGCGAUGUUACGUCGCCAUCCGUGUCCUCCGCAGGCCAACUACGAACCAUUGGUAAAGGCUGCACAGCAUCAGGGCUUUGAGAUAGUGACGACAAGCGGAAAGGAACUCGCGACCAGCUUGGAUAAUGCGGUUAAGCCCGAAAAUCCUUACUUCAACACGAUGCUUCGUAUACUGGCCACACGUUGCAUGAUGCAGGCCGUCUAUUUCAUUAGCGGCACACUUCAGCGGGAUGAAUUCUUCCACUACGGUCUAGCGGCUCCAAUCUACACCCAUUUUACCUCCCCGAUUCGUCGCUAUGCCGAUAUCAUCGUGCACCGUCUCCUGGCCGCUUGUACUGGAGCUGAUUCGACGUACCCGGAGCUGCUCGAUAAAAAGAUCAAUUCGAACCUUUGCAACAAUCUGAACUAUCGCAACCGGAUGGCACAGUACGCAGGUCGUGCAUCGGUCGCCCUUCACACGCAUCUGUUCUUCCGCAAGCGUUCGGAAGAUGAGCAAGCGUACAUUCUGUUCAUCCGUAAGAACGCCCUCCAAAUAUUGGUGCCGAAGUAUGGAUUCGAGGGUACGAUUUAUGUGACGGGACGUAACAAUGAGGAAAUUCGAACGGGAGUACGGUUCGUGUACGAUGAGGAUCAGCUAACGCAACGCUGUGGAAAUAUCGUAUUUAGGGCGUUCGAUCCCGUCGUGGUACGGUUAAGUCUGGAUUCGACGAAUGUGCAGCACGAGAAGCUGGUGUUUGAGCUGGUGGAACCGUACAUUGAAGGGUUCAGCGUAAAGUCGGAUGGGGCAGAAAUUGAAGCACCGAAAAGGAAAGGCGACCAACAGCCUACAAAGUCGAAGAAAAGCAAAAAAGGAAAGUAA